GGAAGAGGAUCGGAGGAAGAGGAUCGAAAAAUGGCGGUGAGGAGGGGAAGCAGAAGGAAGAUCGAUCAUCGUCUCGAAUGUUUCACUUUGUCUCUUAACUCUGAUCUCCAAGUGGUUCCUUCCUCUUCUUGAUCACCUGUUUUUCGAUGAUCACAAUGCGUCUUUUUAGGUCCUCAUCUGCCGUCUGCGAAUCGAGUGGGACCGAGGCCGCGUUUGCGUGUUGAUGGUCCUGAGGACCGCAAGGAUGGAAGAGACGCACCACGGGAAGGUGGGAAGACGACGAAGUUGGUGAGUUUUGCCAAAGCCAUUUGCUGUAGAUUAGAUGGAUCAGUAAAUUCUGGACAUCCAGCUGAAUAUGGAAACGGCGGACUUUUGAUUGACAGUAUGAUUUGGUGCUGGACUUCAUAAUUGCCGAUGAGCAUGUCCUGGUUUUUCUGUUUUCAGCAUUCCUCCUAUCAAAGUUGGUAUCUGGAUUUAUGGAUUAUCAAUAGUUUACAAGAAGACCCUUGAAUUGAAAAUGCUCCCAGAACUCUGAAGAAUGCCUCUUUGGGCUAAACAAACUUGAAUUGCACAACAUUGUUGUAUAAUUUCUACUUUGCUGCAGUGCGUUUGAUGUCACUACUCCACAUGCCGAAAAGAGGCACAAAUAAUUUAUUUAAUUAAACUAUGUAGCAGCAAGAUUUGAAUGUUAAGAUUGGAUCUGCAUCAUUUUAUAACACAUAACAACAAUAAGAACAACAAUGACAAUGAUAAGUCCUAAUGUCCCAAAUGAGAAGAAUGAUUCUUUGCAAGACUGGCUAGGUUUCUAUUUUCACCUCCAAUAGCUGCCCUCUAUUUUCAUUUUAUUGUUUGUAUAUUUGCUGGUAAAUGUGUAAAGCAAAGUCAUAUGAAAAACAAAUAUGGAUCUUGAAAGAAGGAAAACUUGAUGGGAUGUCCUUCAUUUCUUAUUCAACUUUGUGGACAAUUCUGCCAAACUGGUAAAAUAAUUGUUUACUGGCCUGAAUUUAAUCUAAAAUAGAAAUGAGCCCACGAAAGAAAUAGUGUUGCUCCGAAGCUCAUAAUUUGUUUUUAUUGGUUGUCAUGACAGUUCAUCCUUUUUUUUUAGUGAAUCUGAUAUUUAUAGGCUUAUAAGAGAAGGACAAGUAUUGCCUCGCGAGGUAAGUCCUGUUUUUAUUUUUUGUUCUUACCAGUUGCUAAUUCCUUAUUCAAUCAGUUACAGAAAUUGUAGUUGAUGCUACCCAUGAAUCGUAGUUGAUUGGGAAUGCUCAUGUUGAAUCUAAAUAAUCCUAAGCUAGGAAACAUGUGCCUGGAGCAGAACUUUAAUCUGUAGGUUUUAUGGCAAUCAGGAGCAUCAGUCUUGCUGCUGAACUUUGCCUAGUUGCUAACACUAUUCUUUUCUUUCAUCAGGAAAUUUCUGGAUUGCAAAUUUUCUUCAACCGAAUUUAUUUUCUUGCACAGGAAUAUUCUGGACUGCAAAUUUUCUACAGCCUGUGCUUACUGGUCAGACUUUUUUGAUUGGAAUUAACUGGCCAUCUUUAUUCAAGUCACAGGUUAGAUGUCUUAGCUAAUAAAAGCUUCAUGUUCCAAGUUCUAAAGAAUCUCUCUAGCAUUUCUUUGUCCGUUCACUGUCCAGCUUGCAUCUCACUUUUACACGUUAUAACCACUUCCUGCGAUGAUUUCGGUCAUGUAGGAAGUUUAUGUUCUCUUUCAAUCAACAAUGUGCAGUCACCUGAUGUGUUGUCUCAGAAGUUGUACAACAAAUAUCAUGGAGGUUUUGCAUCUUAGUUUUAAACGGUAAGAUAACCGAGAGCAGUAAAUGUUUUUUCCCUUUUGUUGAUCUUCAAAAAUUGGGUAAGGAUAAAUAUUCAGGAGUUAUACAACAAAUAUCAUAGAGGUUUUGCAUCUUAGUUUUAAACGGUAAGAUGGCUGAUAUCAGUAAAUGUUUUUUCCCUGUUGUUGAUCUUAAAAAAUUGGGUAAGGAUAAAUAGUCAGGAGUUUGCUAUCAACAAUUGAGUUCUUUGCUUAGCUAACAACCUUCACCUACUCCACUAGAGGGUCCUUAGCUUAUCUUUUGGUUUUAGGUUGACAUACAGGAAUCGAUCGGUUGUUUUGGUGAGCAACUCUUUGGGAGGUUUUUGUUUGAUGUUGACUUGACAUGAUCGAAUCAUUUGCAGGACGAUUCCUUUGUCGGAUUGGGAAUCUGAGGGAGCUAUAGAAAGCCCUACCGGACAAUCAUUAUUGGUGUCCAGGAGAAAAAUCUAGCAUUUGAUUUUUACCAUUCAGAUGCAGUUAUACACGUCAUAAAAUCUAAACAAAUCAGCUUCAUUACCAACUUCUGGACAACUGUAAAUCCCAUUGAUGCAUGUCGGUGUCUUAGACUUUGAAUUGUGCUAUCCUAAUAAAGGCUUAGGAUGAAUCAUUCUAAUAUGGUAAGAGGUUUCCAACUGAUCGAUUGAAUAAAAGAUUUAAGACGUCCGGAAUUAUUAAGACGAGAUACGUAUUAUCAAUCUUAUACUCAUAGAACCAGCCGACUCCAACCGGAUCGGACUGUUCGGUGAGAGACCAUUUAGGGUUUCUGAUCACAAUGUCCCUCUUCCCCCUCCCCCAUAAAAGAGGGAGAAGGAGCGAGAGCUGCGGACCCAUCGACCCACCACCCUUUAUUGCCCACCGUCCCUGGACAUUCUUCCUCUGAGACUCGGUUCAAAAAAAUCUCACGGGGAGACGAAACCUAAACCUAAACCCCCAUUUCUCCUCCCUACUUUGUCUCGUUGCUGUUCCUUCCGUCAUCCGCAAAACCCACCCCAUCUCCCCUCCCCUGCUAUUUUUAGCCCUUCCGACGACGCCAGCAACAAGAAGCGCUCGGUCGAGUCGCUUUUCUGACUAUUAGUCGCGGUCGCUGUCGUUGUGGUCGUUGUCCUCGAUGGCGAAAUCGUACGGAGAUGGAGACAUUUGGCUGCCUCCGGAGUUCCUCUGCGCCGACUUCUUCCGCGAGGGCGGAGAGAGGUGUGAGGCGGGCUUCGCUGGGGCUUGCAUCCCAUGCGAGUUCGGGCUUGGCUCGAACCCGGAGUCACCUGUGGAGUCGGCGACCACCGGAACGGAGAGCGACGAGGAGGUCUAUAUGAAAGCCAUCACCCAGCAGAUGGCUCGCUUCUUCCUCCGGAACGACGACAAGGACGCCUCCGUCACGGCUCCGAGCCGCGCAAAGGCUAUGGCGCGAUCGCCACAGUCCGCGCCGUGCACGCGGUCUUCCUCGAACAAGGGAGGCAGCGUCAACGGCCCCACGUUGGUCUCGUCGCCUCCUCUGGAGCAGCGAAGCGAGGAGACCUGCGACCUUCUCGACGAGGCCCCGGGGCAGAUGAUGCGGCUGAGGCGUUUUGGCGAUCUUGCCCUCUGCGACCGUCGGAUCCUUGGCCCGCUCAUGAAGCAGUCUCCGGCGAUGUCCACGGCUUGCAAAAGCGCCAAUGCCGGGUACUAUGACCUCGGUCCUGUUCUCACCCAUCGUCAACUACAAGCAGCUCAUUUUCAUCACCUGAAGCGGCAGCAAGCAGCGAAGCAACGACUGUCGGCGGCGUGGGGAAGGCAGUGCAAAGCCAGAGAUAGCAGCGUGGGGUACGCCGAAAGCCGGUGCGGUCGGCCUCCGGAUCCGUCCGCCACCGCGUGUCCUCCGCUUCGAAAGCCGCAGCAUCCGCCGCCGGGAUCCGGGAUGCGCGCCGUGUUCCUCAACAGCUCUGGCUCCCGGAAGGAGUCCGCCGGCACCGGCGUGUUCCUGCCCGGGACCGCCAGCAACAAGCUGGCGCCGCGGAAAAAGACCGGUUGUUCGACCGUGCUGGUUCCUGAUCGAGUGGUUCGGGUGCUGAACCUGAGGUUGGAAGACUUCGCAGCGCAGCCACGCUUCCCCGGCGGCUUCGUUCUCACUCACGAAGCUCUUCUCGGGCGAAGCAGCGCUGCGCUAUCACAUCAGAAAAAGAACCGCCACUUGAAUUGCCAGCCGCCGACCGCUGUGGCAGAAGCAGCCGCCGACGAGAUUAGACUCCCUCGUGACUGGAGCUACUGACAUCAGUGUAGUGCUUACUGUAGUAUUUAGGAUUGGGCGUAGGACAGCAGUAGUAAUAAGAAACUUAUGAUGGAAUCCCUAAGGCACAACAGUACGGCAGAGCUAAAGCUAGGGUACGAAGAAUAAGUUGCAGUCGUGAUGUUUUCUUGGAUUGUUUUUGUAUGUAAUUUGGUCUUUUUAUCUACCUUAAAACAAACACUUGUGUGGCUAAGAAAUAAGUAGGAAUUCUUUGUGCUACUUCAUUUAUAGACGGUUAGUGUCUUUUG